AAAGUUCAAGGGGGCCGAAUACUUUCGCAAGGCACUGUGUAUAUAUAUAUAUAUCUUCUAAAUAUUUUGGACUGUUCUAGUUAGUUUAACCAGGCUGAAACACAGCAGUGCCUUAGGCAGAUAACAGACUUAACUAAAUGUUGUUACUGCUAGAAGACAUGGAUACGCUGGUUUCCUCUCAACAUUUUAUCGGAAUCAGAACAGACUGAACAGCUUUUAAUAGUAAUAAUGUAUAUGGGGUCACUCCAAUACGACCUCAGCUCCAGCUGUAAUAUGUGACAGUAGCGAAGAACAAAAUGGACCAACAGCAGAGAAGGACCAAAUUAACCAACAGGAGAGAAGAACCAAAUGGAGAGAUGGACCAACAGGAGAGAUGGACCAACAGGAGAGAUGGACCAACAGGAGAGAUGGACCAAAUGGACCAACAGGAGAGAUGGACCAAAUGGACCAACAGGAGAGAUGGACCAACAGGAGAGAUGGACCAACAGGAGAGAUGGACCAAAUGGACCAACAGGAGAGAUGGACCAAAUGGACCAACAGGAGAGAUGGACCAAAUGGACCAACAGGAGAGAUGGACCAAAUGGACCAACAGGAGAGAUGGACCAAAUGGACCAACAGGAGAGAUGGACCAACAGGAGAGAUGGACCAACAGGAGAGAUGGACCAGAUGGACCAACAGGAGAGAUGGACCAGAUGGACCAACAGGAGAGAUGGACCAAAUGGACCAACAGGAGAGAUGGACCAAAUGGACCAACAGGAGAGAUGGACCAAAUGGACCAACAGGAGAGAUGGACCAAAUGGACCAACAGGAGAGAUGGACCAGAUGGACCAACAGGAGAGAUGGACCAAAUGGACCAACAGGAGAGAUGGACCAAAUGGACCAACAGGAGAGAUGGACCAAAUGGACCAACAGGAGAGAUGGACCAAAUGGACCAACAGGAGAGAAGGACCAAAUGGACCAACAGGAGAGAAGGACCAAAUGGACCAACAGGAGAGAAGGACCAAAUGGACCAACAGGAGAGAUGGACCAAAUGGACCAACAGGAGAGAUGGACCAAAUGGACCAACAGGAGAGAUGGACCAACAGGAGAGAUGGACCAAAUGGACCAACAGGAGAGAUGGACAACAGGAGAGAAGGACCAAAUGGACCAACAGGAGAGAUGGACCAAAUGGACCAACAGGAGAGAUGGACCAAAUGGACCAACAGGAGAGAUGGACCAAAUGGACAACAGAACCAAAUGGACCAACAGGAGAGAUGGACCAAAUGGACCAACAGGAGAGAUGGACCAAAUGGACCAACAGGAGAGAUGGACCAAAUGGACCAACAGGAGAGAAGGACCAAAUGGACCAACAGGAGAGAUGGACCAAAUGGACCAACAGGAGAGAUGGACCAAAUGGACCAACAGGAGAGAUGGACCAAAUGGACCAACAGGAGAGAUGGACCAAAUGGACCAACAGGAGAAUCCCACAGUGUUUCUGUGUUUUCUGUUUUCUGCAACAGUCUUCUAAAAUAUGCUAAAUGCUAACCACAGUAUUGUGUGUGUGAUGCUAAAUGCUAACCACAGUAUUGUGUGUGUGAUUCUAAAUGAUAACCACAGUAGUGUUUGAGUUUGAGUUUAUUUUUAUUUUUACAGGGACAGGGCACAUUAAUCAACGUUUCAGUAAAAGUGCCGGUUUUAGCCAGCCGGCUAAUUUUCAACCGCAGUCCCUGGGCAGGU